AUGCAGCUUAUACCUGCAGCAGCCUUUUCUGCGAUCCCGGUCCACAGACACAUCAUCUCGAAUCCAUUUCCCACGAUGACAGCACCAAAGCCAACCGAGCUCAAACUCUCCCAACCUGAACCUUUCUCGGGAGAUAUGAGCAAGACAAAGAUAUUUCUGCAAAGGGUUCAGACGUAUGUCGACAUCAAUGACGAAAUUUAUAACAGCAAUAAGAAGAAGAUUGCAUUCGCGAUGUCCUUCAUGAGAGGAGGAACGGCUGAAGCAUGGGCUGAAACAUGGUACGAUGACCACACCGACAACCUAGGAAAGCUGAAGGACUAUGGAACCUUCGAUGCAUGGGUCAUCGACUUCAACAAGGCAUUCCAAGAGACCGAUCCCAUGGGAUCGGCGAUGAAGGACCUUGAAUCCCUUCAUCAGACGGGAGAAGUACAGGAUUACGUUAACUUGUUCCUGGUACUUAUGAAAAAGGCCAAAAUCACGGAAUACCCAGCACGCCUCCAUUACUUUAAAAUUGGACUAUCCUGCCGACUUCUCGAGCGAAUCAUGAACGUCAACCCACUCCCCACCGAUAUGGAAGGAUGGUACAAGAAGGCGGUUGAAAUUGACAACCAAACCAAGUCAAUGCAGAUGUAUACAAAAUUCCAGAACAGUUGCCCUAGCAGACAGCAGCAGAAGCAGGGGCAACAACAGAGGAAGGGUCCCGUCUACACACGAGACCCUAAUGCCAUGGACAUCGACCGCAUGUCGCAAGAAGAACGUGACAGGCACAUCAAAGGAGGACUCUGCUUUGAGUGCCAUCAACAAGGACAUCACUCGCACGAUUGUCCUAAGAAGAAGCCGAAGAACCCCAGAAACACUUCCAGAAUGCACAAGGAGAUACAGGUUGAGGAAUACGAAAGGGAACCCUCAACCUCGAAGACAGAAGAUGUCGAAGAAGACACCGCGUCAGUCAAAAGAAUGACCAUCUCCGACAGCAACGUCUCCAAAUUACUCCAGGAGUUACGAAAGAUGCAGAAGGAACGUAAUGACUGGAUCAAGAAAUUAGAAGGAUCAGAUUUUGGAUCCGACGGGCUGUAA